AUGAUGGCAUUGAUAAAGCAAGCAGAUUUUUUCUAUUUAUUUGACUCCCAUGCCAGAGACUCUAAUGGCAUGCCUGAUCCUAAUGGCACUGCUGUUGUCAUGAAAUUUGCUAAUAUUCUAGAAUUAGAACAAUAUUUGUAUUCUGUUUCAGUGACAUUGCAUGCCAAUUUACUUGAAAUUGUACCUGUGCAAUUAAAUAUAUGUAAAGCUUCAGAGCAAAAAAGUAAGUGUGUAAAGGAUCAAGAGUAUGUCCUGAAAAAGAGGCUUUUAAUAGAAAAUGAAGGUGAUAAACAAGCUAGACUGAAGAAAGCUAGUGAGUAUAAAAAAAGAAAGCAGUCAGAGGAAACUGACAGUGUGCGGCAAAUAAGACUUCAAAAAUUAAGUGAGUCUAUUAAACAGAAACGUUCAGAGGAAACUGACAGUGAACGGCAAAUAAGACUUCAAAAAUUAAGUGAGUUUAUUAAACAGAAACGUUCAGAGGAAACUGACAGUGAAAAACAAAUUAGACUUCAAAAGGAUUGUGAGUCUAAAAAAACAAAGCGGUCAGAGGAAACUAA